AUGGCGGCCGACGUUGGCCACAUUGCACAGCUGCUGCAGGCAACUCUCGAUCCUGCUCAGCACCGCACAGCCGAGGCUGCUCUCAAGCAGGAGGCGGCCAAGCCUCAGUACUCACUGACGCUGCUCACGAUUGUUAGCAACGACUCUCUCCCCAUCAACACUCGGCUGGGCGCUGCCUUGGCCUUCAAGAACUUCAUCCGAAUCAACUAUGUGGACGCCGAUGGAAACUACAAGAUCCCCCAGGACGAGGUCCAGACAAUCAAGGAGCGCCUCAUCGGGCUGAUGAUCGCUUCUCCUGCCAACAUCCAGAGCCAGCUGGGUGAGGCUGUCAGCAUCAUUGCCGAUUCAGACUUUUGGGAGCGAUGGGAUACUCUAACCCAGGAUCUUGUCAGCCGUUUCUCCGCCACCGAUCCCAAGGCGAACAUUGGUGUGUUGGAGGUGGCCCAUUCCAUCUUCGUUCGGUGGAGGCCCCUCAUGGCGACGACCGCCCUGUAUACAGAAAUCAACCAUGUCAUCAACACAUUUGGCGCUCCAUUCUUUCAGUUGCUAGCGACUACAGACAGCAAAAUCACCGAGCAUGCGCAAGACAAGGUGGCUCUUCGAGGCUGGUUUGAGGUUCUGAGCUUGCAGCUGAAAAUCAUGUUUGACAUGUCCUGCCACGAUCUGCCUCCUGUUUUCGAAGAUAACCUCUCCAGCAUCUCCGAGCUGCUGCACAAGUAUCUGAAUUACUCCAAUGCCAUCCUGAAUACCGACGACGACGAUGAAGUCAGCGUUGUCGACACCGCCAAGGCCGACAUUUGCGACUUCCUUGAGCUCUAUACCUUCAAAUAUGACGCAGAUUUCUCUCAAUACUGCAAGCCAUUCAUCACAAGCACCUGGAACCUGGUGUCAUCCAUUGGCUCAGAGACAAAGUACGACACCCUUGUCAGCAAGUCGCUCCAUUUCUUGGCGGCAGUUGCGGCGACUCGAGAGCAUUCCGAGCUCUUCAACAACGAAGAAGUCCUCACCCAGAUUAUUGAAAAGGUUAUUUUGCCCAAUGUUAGCCUGCGAGAGUCUGAUAUCGAAUUGUUUGAGGAUGAGCCGAUUGAGUAUAUCCGCCGAGACUUGGAGGGCUCUGAUACGGGCUCUCGACGCAGAUCAGCCACCGAUUUCCUCCGCAGUCUGCAAGAGAAAUUUGAGGCCCCCGUUACUGGCUCUGUCUCGAGAUACAUCAACCACUACCUCACUCAAGGAAAGUCCGAUUGGAAGUCCAAAGACACUGCCGUCUACCUGUUCAUUUCAAUUGCAGCCAAGGGUGCCGUCACACAGGCUCAAGGUGUCAAGACCGUUAACCCACUUGUCAACGUUGUCGACUUCUUUGAGCAGCACAUUGCGUCUGACUUGGUGAAUGGAGAGGGUAUCGAGCCAAUCUCCAAAGUUGACGCAAUCAAAUUCCUCUACACAUUCCGCAGUCAGCUGUCCAAGGAGCAGUGGAAAGUGGCGAUUGGUCCGUUGAUCCAGAACCUCAACUCAUCCAACUAUGUUGUAUAUACCUACGCGGCCAUUGCCGUGGAGCGCGUGCUGUUUUUGGCAGACGAUGCGGGCAAUGCCAUGUUCCCCCGCGCAGACAUUGAGCCGUUCGCAAAGGAUCUGCUCACUCAUCUUUUCAAGCUGAUAGAAAGGGAGACCAGCGCUCCCAAGUUGCAGGAAAACGAAUUCUUGAUGCGAUGCGUGAUGAGAAUUCUCAUUGUCAUCAAGGACGGAGCGGGCCCUUGGCUCGAUACCAUCCUGACACACCUUAUUCUCAUCACAAAUGUGAUGAAGUCUAACCCUAGCAACCCUCGGUUUUAUUACUACCACUUUGAGGCUCUUGGCGCGCUGGUACGAUACUGUGCCGCGACGCAUGCCGCUGCAAUUAAUCAGAAACUCUGGGAACCAGCACAUCAAAUCCUGGUAGACGAUGUUACGGAAUUCAUUCCUUACAUUUUCCAGAUCCUGGCGCAGCUCCUCGAGUCCAGCCCUGUGGAUUCCGUCUCUGACAAUUACAAGGCACUUCUUGGCCCUCUCCUGCAACCUCCUUUGUGGGAAACCAGGGGCAACAUCCCGGCCUGCACACGAUUGCUGGCCGCUCUUAUCCCCAGAGUAGCCAAGGCAAUUGUUACUGAGAACCAGACUGAGGCUGUUCUCGGCAUUUUCCAAAGACUACUCAGCGGAAAGAAAUCAGAGCUUCAUGCUUUUGAUAUUCUUGAGGCUAUUGUCAACUCUUUUGAGCCAUCGGCUAUUGACCCGUACUUUGACACCAUUCUCAGGCUGAUUUUCACAAAGCUACAAGGAUCUCCAGCCGAUUCUUUCAAGAUCCGCUUCGUUCGAUUCUUCCAUCUCGUUGGGGGAAAGCUGGAAGCUGGCUAUGGAACAGAUUACUUUGUCAAGCAUUCUGACAAGGUGGACGAAAAGGUCUUUGCCCAAGUUUAUCCUCCAUUUAUCCUGCAGGAAACAGACAAGCUGGCAAGGCCCGUUGACCGGAAGGCUGCCGUUGUUUCUCUGACCAAGACGCUAUGCGACUCUCAAGUGUUUGCUACCAAGUUCGCCAAGGGCUGGGGAAAUACCUGCAGGAUUCUCCUCACUCUGCUGGCAAACCCACCAAGUGCUGCCGCUGGCGUGGGAGAUGAGAUCAUUCUUGAAAACUCUCCCGAUGACAUUGGAUUUGGAUUGACAUUUACGGCUCUCAACACGUGCAAGCUUGCCGCGCGGGAUGACUUCCCCGAGGUGCAGGAUGUGACGACCUGGGUCAAGCAGUACAUGAUUGGUGCUAACCAGAGACAUGGCGGUGCUGUUGAGGGCUUCAUCUCGCAGCGUCUUACGCCCGAGCUGCAGGAAGCCAUUGCUCAGUACAUUCGAUAA